AUGGGAAAGAGUGAUGGAACUGUAAAAUCAAGUCGUGUGGAUGUUAACACAUAUCUUGAAGAACUUGAAAGUGACCCCGGGUUGAGAAUACCAAUUUUAGACCAUCCUUCAAAAGUUCGUGAUCAAGUUCGACGAGCAUAUAUGCAAAAAGGCCCUUGUCAACCUCAUCUCAAGCCAUCAGAAAAGGUUGGACCUCAAUCAAGGGCCUUCAAUGUUGCUUGGUAUGCAGACUAUCAGGAUUGGCUUGAAUAUAGUGUAUCAAAGGAUGCAGCUUUUUGUUUAUAUUGCUAUCUGUUUAAAGAAGAUGUUGGAGGGCAAUCAGGUGGUGAUGCAUUUGUUAGUAAAGGAUUCAGAAAUUUUAAACUUGCAAAAUCAAGGCUUCAUACUCAUGUUGGAAAACCUUUUAGUGCUCACAAUACAGCUAGAAAAAUGUUUGAAGCAUUAAUGAACGAAAAACAACAUAUUCAAACAUUUUUUGUAAAGCAAUCGGAGCAAGCUCGUAGUGAGUAUCGAACUCGUUUGGAAGCAGUGGUUGAUUGCAUUCGUUUGCUAUUACGACAAGGACUUGCUUUUCGUGGUGAUGAUGAAUCUGAAGACUCGAGUAAUCAAGGUAACUUUCUUGCAAUUCUAAAAUUUCUUUCCGGUCAUGAUGAUGACAUUAAAGCAGUUUCAUUGAGCAAUGCUCCUGAGAAUUUAAAAUUAACAUCACCUGAUAUUCAGAAAGAUAUUGUACGGGCUGCAGCUUUUGAAACACUAGAUGUCAUCAUUAAAGGAAUUGGGGAUUCAGUGUUUUCUAUUUUAGUUGAUGAAUCUCGUGAUGUUUCUAUUAAAGAGCAAAUGGCUGUUGUAUUACGAUAUGGAUUGAGCAUAUCUAAAUUGCGGGGACAAGGUUAUGAUGGGGCAAGUAAUAUGCAAGGAGAGUUCAAAGGUCUUAAAACUCUUAUUUUGAAAGAGAAUCCAUCAGCCUUUUAUGUUCAUUGUUUUGCUCACCAACUUCAACUUGCUCUAGUAGCCGUGGCAAAGAAACAUAUUCUAGUCGGCUAUCUUUUUAGUGUGGUAACUAGGGUGAUAAAUGUUGUUGGAUCUUCUUCCGAGCGUUGUGAUAUUCUUAGAGAAAAGCAAGAUGUUGUUAUUUCUGAAGCACUCAAGCGUGGUGAAAUUGCAAGUGGAAGAAGGCUAAAUCAAGAAACCAAUCUUAAGCGUCCAAGUGAUACUCGUUGGGAUUCACAUUAUGCUACAUUGGUAAGCUUUAUUAACUUAUUCUCUCCCAUAACUGAUGUUCUUGGAACAGUAGUAGACGAUGCUCGAGAAUCUGAACAAAAGUUUGAAGCAAGUAAUCUGAUGGGUUUGAUGUCGACAUUUGAUUUUAUAUUUAGUCUACAUUUUAUGAAAGCAUUGUUGGGCAUAACAAAUGAAUUGUCAAAAGCACUACAGAGAAAAGAUCAAGAUAUUGCAAAUGCCAUGAAAUUAGUGGAAAUUUGCAAGAAACGAUUGCAAGCAAUGAGAGACAAUGGUUGGGAUUCCUUUCUUAUUCAAGUCUCAACAUUUUGUGCUAAAUAUAAUGUAUAUGUUCCUACUAUGGAUGAUAUAUAUGUUGUACAAGGUCGAUCACGACGUAAUGCUCAAGAAAUGACAAAUUUACAUCACUUUCGUGUGGAAUUCUUUUAUGCUGUUAUUGAUAUGCAACUUCAAGAGCUAAAUGAACGUUUCAACGAGGUAAACACUGAAUUACUUCUCUCUUUAGCUUCCUUGUGCCCUAGUGAUUCAUUUGAAGCUUUUGAUAAAGAAAGGUUGAUCCGAUUUGCUGAGUAUUACCCUAGAGAUUUUUCUACUUUUGAGCUUACCAUGCUCGAUAAUCAACUUGAAACUUACAUUCUUGAUGUAAGUUCCACUGAGAAUUUCUUGGGUUUGAAAAGUAUUGGCGAUCUCGCUGAAAAAAUGGUUGAGACAAAGAAGCAUAUUGUUUAUCCUCUAGUGUAUCGACUAAUUACAUUAGCAUUGAUUCUACCUGUUGUUACUGCUACAGUGGAGAGAGUAUUUUCUUCUAUGAAUAUUUUGAAAAGUAGAUUGCGCAAUCGAAUGGGAGAUCAAUUUAUGAAUGAUUGUUUACUUGUGUACAUUGAGAAAGACAUCUUCAAUAGUCUUGACAAUGAAGUCAUCAUGCAGCGAUUUCAAAACAUGAAAAGUCGUCGAGGCAGAUUGUAA